AUGUCGAAGAAGAUCGGAAAGAUGGCUAGUCGAGACUACUGGGUCCUCCCAAAGGAGGAGUCGUGUAUCGCCCCCGAGAAUGUCUGGUCUAACAAAGACAUGGACCCCUCGCCUCCAGACUUUCGCGUCUGGACAAACUGGACCUUUGUGUCGUACUGGAUUUCUGACCUCAUCAACCCCGGUUCGUGGGCGACUGUCUCGUCCUUUGUCGCCCUUGGCUUGACCUGGUGGGAAUCGUGUCUUGCGGUCUUUGUCGGAUCGUGCUUUGUCGCUAUCGUCAUCACUGCCAACGGUUUCAUCGGCGCCACGAUCCACACUCCCUUUGCCGUCACCUCGCGUGCCACGUUCGGAUACUGGGGCAGCAAGUUUGUGGUCUUGUCUCGCUGCGUUAUCGCCUGUUUCUGGCUUUCGAUCAACUCGUGGUCUGGCGGCCAGUUUGUUUCGCUCAUGAUUGAAGCCAUCUGGCCCCAGUACAAGGACUUUGCCAACCACGUCCCGGUCUCGCAGGGCGCCACCUCGCAGGACUUCCUCUCGUUCUUCCUCUUCUGGCUGAUCCAGUUCCCGUUCAUCUUCAUCCACCCUUCCAAGCUCAAGUGGGUUUUCAACGUCAAGGCUAUCAUCGUUCCCAUCGUCGCCAUCGGCACUGUCAUUUGGGCGGUCAAGAAGGCUGGCUCGGGCGCAGCCGAGGCCCUUUCCAACCCGGUCGACCGCGUUGCGCCCGGCACAGCCCGUUUCGUCGCCUUCAUGACCUCGGUCACUGCCACGUCGGGUACCUGGGCCACUCUGUCGCUCAACAUUGGUGACUUCUCCCGUUACUGCAAGCGUCCCACUAGCGCCUGGACUCAGCUGUGGGCCUUCCCCCUGCUGUUUACUGUCAUGUCGAUCCUCUCCGCCAUUACCGCUGCCUGCUGUCUUUCCGUGUACGGUGACGCGCUUUACCAGCCGUACGACGUCGUCGCAAAGUGGGGUACCUCGCACGUUGGUCGUUUCUGCAUGUUUGUCGGUGCCCUCGCCUGGGCUCUCGGCAACGUCACCACCAACAUCACCGCCAACUCCAUCUCGGCCGCCAACGACAUGUGCUCGCUUGCCCCCAAGUACCUCAACAUUCGUCGUGGCCAGAUGAUCGCCAUCACCAUUGGCGUGUGGGGAUUUGCCCCCUGGAAGGUCCUCAACUCGGCUGCCAACUUCCUCACGUUCAUGAGCUCCUACUCGAUUGUGCUGGCCCCCAUUGCGGCUCUCAUGGCGUUUGACUUCUUCGUCGUCAAGUCCAGGAAGAUGGACAUUUACGAGCUGUACAAGCCUCAGGGUAUCUACCGCUACAUCGGCGGCUGGAACUGGCGCUCGUAUGCCGCCCUCUGCUGUGCCAUCGCCCCCAACCUUCCCGGCAUGGCCGCUGCCAUCAACGCCAACCUGGACAUUGGCAACAUCAAGUACGUCUACAUGGUCAGCAACAUUGCCGGCGACGCCAUUGCCCUGCUUGUGUACUACACCCUCAACAGGUUCUGGCCCGCCCACGAGACUCUCCUCGAGGUGCCGGUGCACGACCUGGUGGACAAGAGCGGUGGCAUUGUUCACGAGAGCGGCAGUGAGGCGUAUGACUCGGAGGAGAAGAAGGUCGAGGGUGUGCGCGUGGUGGAGACCAGCGAGUUUUAA